GAAAUGAUUAAAACAGAAAUAGAAACGCAUCUUACUUUGGGCUAAGGAUGAUCAUCCACUGUGUGAGUGUCAAAUGUUCAUCUCAUCUCUAACAAUAGCUUUAAACUAAAUUACAGAAGGAUGCUUGUUUUACUCUGAAGCCAUAAUGUUGCCAAAUAGAUUAGAAGAUUUCAGUCCAGACUUUGCAGAUGACAUUGCUGAUUGUGCAUUCAUUUCAUACAAAGAGCUUCCAAAAAAGGGAAAACCUCAGCAUAACAAAGAAUGGACUCUGCUUGCAGCAAUCAUCAUGAAAAUAGAAAGUAAGAAAAGGGCAAUUGAUUUAAAACAUGUUCUGUCCCAACUGCCUUUAAUUUUACUUAAUUAAAGAUAGUGACAUUUAUAUUAUUAAAGUGAAUAGAGUAAGUGGUUUUAUGAGCAUAAAGUAAAGUUUACAAUCAUUUCAAGCUGAAAGUUUUCAAAAUAUAUUAUCAGAAGUUUCUUGGCUCAGGUGAACACAGCUUCUCCCAUAAAAAAUUAAGCAUUAAUUUAACUCACAUUUCCUUUGUGACUAUUGGUUAUAAUGUUAAAAACGUAUCCCUUCUAUUUCAGAUCAAACAGAUACAACACUAAAGACAGUUGCACUUGCAACAGGCUCCAAAUGUAUUGGAAAAUCAAAAAUGAGCCCAAACGGUAUAUUUUUUUAUUUACUUAAAAUUUCAACUUAUUCAUGAAUAUAAAUCUAAUUAUAAUUGAAAUGUUGAAAAUCUCAUAUAAAGAUGUUUGUUAAUUUUUUUGCAGGUGAUAUUUUGAAUGAUAGCCAUGCAGAAGUUUUAGCUCGCAGAGCCUUUUUAAGGUAAGAUUUUUUUUUUCUUUUGUUAUGUAUUUCAGGUAAGUUCAUUCUAUAAAUUGAUAUAGCUACUUAAUCACCAAUAAAUGUUUGAUGUGAUGAAAUAUUAAUGUAAUGUAUAUUUCUAUUAGGUUUCUGUAUGAGGAGCUCAGCAAAGCAUUUAAUAACAACACUAGCCUUGUCUUUUUGCCACCAGAUAAGAAUUAUCAGUGGUCAUUAAGGCCAGGCGUUACAUUUCAUCUUUUUGCCAGUCAAACACCAUGUAAGUGUCCAUUUAAUCUCUGCAAUUAUUUUUAUAGGUUAUUCACGAUAUGAGCUUUUUAGGAGUGGUUAGCUUUAUUGGAUAAUGGGGUGAAAGUAUCCCAUUACUAUUUAAUUUAACUUGUAUAAAAGAUGCCAAGGAUGCCAAACAAUCUAAUGCUAUAAUUAUAGUGUACAAGUUAUUCAAGGAUAAAAUUUAAAUAUGUAUAUCCAUUUCAAAAACCUCUUGCAUAUUCAGUGAAUAGCGAGUAUGGCUGUUAGGUUUCAAUUUAUUUUGUUUUUAAAAUAUAUUAAAUUGUAGUUUAAUUUUUCCUUCAAUAAUAAAAAAUGUUGGGCUUUUCAAUGUUAACGACACAUUUUUUUUUUAAAGGUGGUGAUGCUUCAAUAUUUGCUAAAGAAAAUAUUCAAGAUGAGUCUGCACCAAUGCUGGAUGAAAAUCUUCCAAACAGCCUUUCCCUAAAGUCUUCACAGUGGCCUGAAACAAGUGUUAGUAUGACAGCAAAUAAAAACUCUCCUUGCUCUAACUCUUCCAGUAAGAGAAAAAGAAAACAUUCAGAGGAUGAGGAUGACUUUGGUCAGAUUUGUGAGAAACAAAGCAAAACAAGUUUGCAGAGUUUAGCCCCAGAACCUAAUUCUGAUGACCUUAAUGGUAAGUUACUUUUUUUAACCAUAAAAAUAUGACAUAUUAAGAUUUUAAUUUUAUGUAUAUAUAUCUGUGCCUUGUAUAUCUAUAUGCAAAUGGUGGAUGCUAGAUCUGAACAGAACAUUCUCUUUUUGAAAUUAAUUAUAAAUGUAGUAGUAGACCCAUCUGAUUUUAUUUGACUAGCAGUAGCAUAAUUUUGAUUGAUAAAAAUACUUAAAAUUUCUGCUAAGCUGCCAGAAAAACUAACCUAAGUAGAAAUUUUUGCCUUAGACAGAUAUUCUUGAUAAUCUUUGUGUUACAACUGCUCUAAUUAGUGUAAUCUAAAGAUGAUGUUGAAGACCAUAAACAAAAUUUCCAUAUAAUAAUUUCUUUUUCUAUAAAAAUAUAGCAUAAAAUUAAAAUAUAUUAUACUUUUUGCACUAGAGAGCUAUUGUAAGUUUGAAAUUAAUCAGCAGAUUAGGAAACCCAAAUUUUUAAAAUUUUAUUUACAAAUCUCCCUCAAAGAUAUCUACAGAACUGGUGCCAAGUGUGUCCCUGGUGGAGAACAAGAUCCUCUUGCCCCAGCUUCUGGUUACCAUACAGUUGGAAUUCUUCGUACAAAACCUGGUCGUGGUGAAAGAACGGAGAGUAUGUCAUGCAGUGAUAAAAUCUCAAAAUGGAAUGUACUGGGAUGCCAAGGAGCAUUAUUGUCCAUUUUCCUAGAUGAACCCAUCUAUUUGACAUCAAUUGUUGUUGGAAAGUGAGUCCUAUUUACAGUGGCCUCCCCAGUGGGGUUGAGGACAGCAUUAGGUGUCACCAUCAGAAGUCAUGGCACCCCAUUUCAUGAAUAAUUUAUAAAAAGUUUAAUUUAAAUUGGUUUUGUGCAUCAAUAGAUGUUAGUCAGUAUCUGUACACUGUCUGUCUCUUUUUGCAAAUCAACAGACAUGCAGAGUAUACCAAAGGUACUUUCAAAUUCAAUUUGUACUUGUCUUAAAAACAAAGCAAUAAAUUAUUAGAACAGUGAUUGCAAUAAUAAAAACAAAUAAAACGCUAAGCUGGCUUUUUCAAAAGAAAAUAUAUCUGAGAGUGAUAAAUUAAAAUGCAAAUCUUUUAAAAUGAAAAGAUAUGGAUAUUUAGAGGCAAUAAUAGUCACUUUCAAGAUGAGAAUGGCAGGGGGGUUGGCAAAUGAUGCUGGAUACACUUUAAAAGAGGAAACCAAUCAACGGACAUUUGUUUUAUCAAAGUGUUAAAGAUACUUUCUUUUCAGCCAUUGUUUAAAUAAUUUUACUAUAAUUUCUUAUAAUUGUCUGUAGAUGUCCUUACAAUGAAGAUGCCAUGAGAAGAGCACUGUAUUCAAGAAUAUCUCUCCUCUCAAUGUAUUUGCCUUCCCCUUACAAAUGUCAUCAGCCUAUAUUUCUUCAAGCAACCAAUAAGGAAUUUGAAGCUAGCAAACUAAAGGUUUCUACAGAACAGAAUGAGAAGACCAGAACCUGCAGUCAGUCAUCAAGGAUUGUUCCAUCAGCAGCAGGUCAUUUAAAUGAUCCACACAAUUUAAAUUGUUUCAUUUACAGCUGUUAAUUAGCUUUCUCUUUACUUGUUUAUAGUUUAAUGUUUAAUUUCACAACACUAUCAUGCAUUGAUUGAAUAUAGUUUAUUUCUGUUAAGUAUAAUGUGUAAAGUAGGGAAAAAGAACAUUCAUUUAUUUUAUUUGUUUUUAAUGUAACUAAUCUUUGCACCAUUGGGUGAUACUAACCCUAGCUAUGUCACUGACACUAAUAGAUUAAUUUUUACUUACAAAAAAUUAAAAUAAAGCACACAUGCCUUGCGCUUUAUUUUUAUUUACAUUUUAAAUAUAUCAAAAAAGUUAACUAAAGCCCAAGUAAAUAUCUUAAAACAUUAUUAAACAUAAGAGCCAAUGUUAAAUAAAGGAAUAGCUUUCUUAGUUUUUAUCUAAAAAUUCAUUUAUGCUUUUCAGCAAUCAUUUGGUAUCUGUCUGAAUCUUCCAGCCAUGAUGUAACUGUGAAUGGGAGACGCCAAGGCAUUACUAAAAAUGAUAUUCAUAAACCUAAAGCAAGGUGACAAUUUUAGCUUUAACUUUAAAUUAAAAAGCAGUUUAAGUCUAAGAUUUGUUUUGGACACUAAAAUAACAAAAUUGUGUACACAAAUAGCAUAACAUUUCAAUUUAGUGACACAAUAAUCAGUACACAGGAGGCACUUUUUUCUUUUAUGUAGUGGACUCAGCUUUAGGAUAACUGCAAAAAUCUUUGCACCACUGGGUGGUAAUGACACUAGCUAUGUCACCGACACAAAUAGAUUAAUUUUUAACCAGGUUGGAUGCCAAAUUAAAUAGCUACUAUUAUUAAAGUUAGUAACAAUAAAAGAAAAUAAUUUUUUUAAUGAAACUAUUGUUUCUCUCCCAAUAUUUCAUGUGAUCUAUUGAAUAGAGGUAUUUACCCAAUCUCUAGUCAUCACUAAACCUCUACAGCCAAUAUAAAUAUACAUUUACAUAAUCUCUCCCUCCACCAGUUAAUCCAACCCUGAAACCAUAGACAGCAUAAAUAACAUUUGUAACGUCAGUAAGAGGCAUGCAGGGUUUACCUGCCCACCUUGGUCUUAGCAAAGCAGAAAUCAGAACUCAUUCAAUCAAUUUCCAUUGCAGAAGUUCUGUAUGCAGUGUAUCACUGUUUCACUGCUUCAAUGACCUAGUUUCAAAGAUUGACCGAAGCAGAUUACCUAACUGUCUUAGGUAUGCUUUUAUAUUUAUUAAUUUUUGACUGGCUACAAAGGUGUUUGCAAGAAAGCUAGGACACUGUGCAUAUAAAUUGCAAUAAAGUGCUGCCUCAAAGUAAAGUGUCUUCAUUAAUGAAAGAAAAUGGUUAUUAUGAAGUAUGAUAAUGGAUAUUAUGAAGUAUGAUAAUGGAUUUAGGAUAAAAAUGAAAGUUCCGACAGAUAUCAGUACUGCACUUUUUUAACUAUAGCUCUAGAACACAUAAACAUUGGUGAAACUUCCCUUGUAAAUGAUAAAUUAUCUUCUUUUAUUACUAUCUCAACUCUAGUUUGCAAAUAAAAAUAAUAAUUAUUGGGAAUUAUUAAUAAAAUGCAAUUGUAAUUUUUAUAAAGAUUUUAAAACUUUUAUUAGAAGCAGUCAAAGAAUUAAGAAAAUAUUUAGACUGUAACCUAAAUCAAAAUAGGAAUAUUGGAUAUUAAGUUUAAAGACUGUCUUCACUCACAGUGAGAUUUUAUUAUUUCAUUUCUAACAUAACAUUGAUCCAUGUGACUUAACUAAACUUUUUGUUUUAAUUCCAAGUAAUGUGAAGAUGAGGGAAUUAAGUUACUGUGAAACCAAAUGCCUUGCUAAGAACUAUCAAAAUGCAUGGUCAACACUGAGGGAGAAAGUGUAUGACACAUGGAUAUUGAAAUCUAGAGACCUGCUACAGUUCCAUCUUGAUGUGAUAUGAUAAGUUGAUGCCUGGAAAAUAAUUUUGUUUUUGGUGAAAAUAAAUGUUCUUGAACUUCU